GUUUUUGGAAAGUAAAUAAAACAUGGAAAUAUCAUUUGCGAUCCAGCAAGUAUGUAGCUAUAGGAGAGGCUAGGAUGAGACAAAACAGGUUGGAUUACUAAUAUUGCUACAUGCCAAAACAAAACUGAGGUCGGCAUCACCACUUUAUCUUUUUUCUUGUUUUUCUUUUCUACUAAGAUUCCUUUAGCAAGGUCAUUUUUAUUGUCUUUUAGUUUUCACUUUUCACACGUUUGUGAUUUCUAUUAAUACCUCAAACAAGUUCCUUAAAGUUUCAUAAUCGGUUCGUGUGGGAGAGCAAUUCGUGGAUUAUGGAUAAUAUUCUUGGUCUUCUCAAACUUCGCAUCAAAAGAGGAAUUGAUCUUGCAAUUCGUGAUGCUAAUUCCAGUGAUCCUUAUGUUGUUGUCCACAUGGGUGACCAGAAGCUGAAGACUCGUGUAGUGAAAAACAAUUGCAACCCUGAGUGGAAUGAAGAAUUAACCCUUUCAAUAAGGGAUAUUAAAACUCCAAUACGUCUCACGGUUUUUGACAAAGACACAUUCUCCAUAGAUGACAAAAUGGGUGAUGCAGAUGUAGACUUGAAACCAUAUGCUCAAGCUGUACAAAUGAAGUUGACCACUCUUCCGGAUGGUUGUGCAAUCAAAAGGGUUCAAGCAAAUAGGACUAAUUGUCUUGCUGAAGAGAGUAGUUGUAUUUGGAAAAAUGGAAAGAUAAUCCAAGAAAUGAUUCUAAGAUUGAGAAAUGUUGAGAGUGGAGAAUUGGUUGUGGAAAUUGAAUGGGUGGAUAUUCCUGGUAGCACAGGUUUAUUAGGGGGAAAAAGUUAAAUUAUCCUCCUUUCAAUAACAAUCAACAAAGUCUUAUUGUAUUAGGUGAGUUUGAUACAUGAAUAAAACUAUGUCAUAAAUUCAUAAAGAAUUUAUAUCUUGACUUUAUGUACACUACCUAGAGCUUUAUAUAUCAAGACUUUAUGUAUCAAGACUUUAUGUACACUACCUAGAGCUUUAUAGGAUGAUAAAAUAUUGUGUAAUAUAUGUUGUGUCUAUUGUAAUUUUUUAUAUUGUCAAUGAGAUGUUAACUACUUCACCUCCAAAAUCGGAGGUUUUACGACA